AUGACUCGGGCUGCAUCUGAGACUCCAGAGUUACCUCCUCAACCAAUUUAUACAUUAAGAGAUUAUAAACCACCAAUAGAACCAGAACCGUUUUAUCAACAUUAUGAGUCUGGAAUCCCCAUAGCCAUUGAUUUAGGAUCAUCACAGAUGAGAGCUGGGUUAACCAAAGAGCUGAAGCCUAACAAUGUUUUUCCUAGCGUGGUUGCUAGAUAUCGUGAUCGAAAAGCUGCUACAACAUUGACAUUAGUUGGUAAUGAUACUUACAGGGAUGUUUCUGUUCGAUCAUCGAUAAAAUCACCGUUCGAUGGACCAUUGAUAACCAAUUGGGACUAUGCUGAAGUCAUGUUAGAUUAUCUGUUUGAACAUUUAGGAGUUGUAGGAUCAUCUGUUACUGGAGGUAUAGAUAAUCCUAUAGUCAUGACAGAACCAGUUUGUUGUCCAUUUUCACAAAGAAGAACUAUGUAUGAAUUACUUUUUGAAAACUACCAAGCACCAAGUGUUGCCUUUGGAAUUGAUUCUUUGUUUUCAUAUUAUGCCAAUUCUGCCACUCCUGCCAAAUCUAAUGGGAUUGUUAUUGGAACUGGUCAUGAACUGACUCAUGUUAUACCUGUUGUUAAUGGUAAGGGGAUAUUAACUCAAACUAAAAGAAUAGAUUGGGGUGGUGAUCAAUGUCAAACCUUUUUAUCUAAAUUGCUUAUGUUGAAAUAUCCUUAUUUCUCUUCUAAGCUUACUCCAUCACAAGCUACCAAUUUAUUUGAAGAGUUUUGUUAUAUUCUGAAGGAUUAUCAAUAUGAGCUUUCCAAUUAUUUAUCACUUGAUUAUUUGGAAGAAAAAGAUAUUGUAGCUCAAGCUCCAAUUGAAUUCCAUCAAGUGGUUGAAAAGAAGAAAACUGAAGAAGAAUUGGCAAAACAAGCUGAAAAGAGAAGAGAACAAGGUAGAAGACUUCAAGAACAAGCUCAACAGAAGAGAAAGGAAAAACUUGAACAGAAACAACAAGAAUUUGAUUAUUAUUCCGACAUCAAAAAUCAAUUGGAAGGGUUAGAUUCUCAAGAUGUUUUAUUGACUUUACAAGAUGCUGGAUUUGAUGAUUUGAAUGAUUUUAAUAAAUAUUUAUCAAGUUUGAAGAAAUCGUUGAAAAAAUCACAAGAUGGUGAAGAUGAUCCUGAUCAAAUAGAAGACCCCUCUAUUACAUGGCCAUUGGUAGACAUUCCAGAUGAAGAAUUAAAUGAUGAAGAAAAACGAGCUAAAAAACGUCAACGAUUACAUAAGGCUAAUUGGGAAGCUCGUGAAAAGGCAAAGGAACAAAAGAAACAAGAAGAAGAAGAACGUAUAAAAUUUGAAAAGGAACAAGAAGAAUGGAGAGCAAGAGAUUUGGAAGAUUGGUGUAAUACCAAACGUUUAGAAUUGGCAGAAUAUAUUAGUGGUUAUAAGGAAAGGGUUAAAUUAUUAGACUCCUUUAAAGAUAGAAAAUCUGCAGCUGCUCAAAGAAGAAUGAAAAAUAUAGCAGAUUUAGCAGGAGAUGAAGCCAAUAAUUCUUCAUCAUCAAGGAAAAGAAAGCGGAAUGCUACGAUUGAUAAUGAUCCCAAUGAUACUUUUGGAGCCAAUGAUGAUGAUUGGAGUGUCUAUCGAGAAAUAAAUAAUACCAAACUUGAAGAACAACAAGAAGAAGAUCAAAAACGGAUUACAGCUUUGGAAGAAGAAUUAUUAAAAUUUGAUCCUGAUUUCCAUUAUGAGGAUACAUUUGCAGCUUCUCAAACAUUUGAUUGGAAGAAUCUGGUCCUUCAUAAAUUUAUUCAUGGACCACGCCAAAGUAUUUCCAUAUCAAUGCAAGCGGAGGGGAAAACACCUGAAGAAAUUGCCAGUCAUCCUGAAAUCAUCAAAAGAAGUCAUCAAAUGCAUUUAAAUAUUGAAAGAAUACGAGUUCCAGAAGUAUUAUUUCAACCUUCAAUGGCUGGUUUGGAUCAAGCAGGAUUAAUCGAAUUACUGGGAGAUCUUGUAUUGAAAAGAUUUGAUGGGAACUUCCUUUCUGGUGGUCAAUCAUACAGUUUAAUUCAAGAUAUAUUUAUAACUGGAGGUCUAGCCAGAUUACCAAAUUUUAGUGAUCGGGUUUUUAAUGAUCUUCAAGCAUUAAUCCCCACAGGAUCACCGUUGAAGGUUCGAUUAGCUCAAGAUCCUAGAUUAGAUGCUUGGAAGGGGAUGUCCAAAUGGGCUAAUACCGAAGAAUCUAAAGCAUCAUUUGUUACAAAGAAGGAGUAUGAAGAAUACGGAUCUGAAUACAUCAAAGAACAUGGUUUAGGGAAUGUUUGUUUAAGAUAA